AUGCCCGUAACGGUGAAACAGCGCCCCCUCUGGCCGCCACAGCAACGCAAGAAACCGGAGCCGGAUAUGAUGUUUGAAAUACAUCAGCUCCAGGACCGCGUUGGAUGCCUGGUUGAUACAGAGAUGAGCGGUGAGAACGUGAAGCUGUUCGUUGGGAACCUUCCUAUAGAUGCAUCUCAGGAAGAACUAACUAAGCUCUUUAGUCCGUAUGGAGAGAUCAACACCUGUUCGUUGCUUAGACAGUACGCCUUCGUAACCCUAAAGGGAGAGGGGGCAGCAGACAGGGCCAUUAGGCAUCUGGAUGGCAAAGAAUACAGAGGUAGACCCUUGGUGGUCGAAGAGUCGCGUGCACGCCCACCGAACUCCACUAAAGUGUUUGUUGGGAACAUCAGUGCAACAUGUUCGGCAGAUGACUUACACGGCCUGUUCUCAACCUUUGGAAGAGUUCUAGACUGCGAUAAAGUCAAAGCCAGAUUAUGCUCGAAUGUCGGCUAUGCGUUUGUACAUAUGGAGAGAAAGGAGGAGGCCCUGGCAGCAAUUGAUGCACUUAAUGGGACCAUGUUCAAGGGACGUCAGUUGGCUGUAGAGCUCUCUAAAGCCCAGCCCUUAAUCAACCAGAUGGCAUCAGGAGGAAAUUCGGGUUCCCCUGCAGGUGACAGAGAGGGUCUUCUUCCCCGACCUCCACCCUCAUUAGAGCAUCAUCAAAGUCAGGCAGCUGUACUGGCUGCGGCUGCGGCCGCCGCCGCCGGACUGCCCAUUCAAGUUCAACAAAGCGUUCACAACUCGUUUUACAACACAACAUCCUUUGACCCCACGUACGCUGCUCUGAAAGGCAUCACCAGUGCUAAAGGCGCAGACGGGGUCAUAUAUGGUGCGCUCGCCAGCCAAGUGUACGGCUCCGUGGCCGACCAGGUGUAUCAAGAGAUGGCCAAUCACAACACGGCUGCUUCGGUGGAAGAGCCGGAACCACAGGCCGCGCCAGAUCCGACGACACUGUUCGAGGCGGCAAGAGCCAAGUUCUUUCAGGAAGGACAGAAGGUCCGUUACGGUUGCACAGAACCUGUGACACGUGGAAUCGGGGCGACUCGUCUCGGUUUAAACGCCUACUCUGAAUUGCAGGUUCUGGCCGAGCAGCAGGCGGGGAGAAAGGCGGCGACCGCCGAGAAUGAGCGAGACCGCAGCCCGAUACGAGGAAACAGAGCCCCCCUCCUCCCCGACCCCGUUCCAGGCUCCUUCGCUCAGAUACGACCCAAACGGCGCGCCCUCCUGCCAACACCGCCAGGAGCACCCGACGAGGCCACAACUGCCACCACAACGUCUGACGGGUCAGAUCCUGUUGCUAGGUCUUACAGCGAGUACUACCAGCAAAUGCACCAGUACCAACAGUAUCAGCAGUACCAGCAACAGUACCAGUACCUCCAGUAUGCCUACACCAAUCCCCCUCCCCCACCCCCUCCUCCACCGGCCACCACCCAGGCACAGGCCUCCACCACAGCCCCAGCGCCACCAGGAACUUACACGGCCCCCCCGACCUAUGCCACGUCCGAAGCCUAUGCCGCGCCGGGAACUUAUGACACUUCGGGAAACUAUGACACCACGUCGGGAAGCUACGACAGCUCCUCCAGGAAUUACGAUGCCUCCUCGGGAAGCUACGACACCUCGGCAGGCUAUGACACCUCUGGCGGCUACGGGGCAUCAGGCGCAUAUGAUUCAUCCGGAGCUUACGCAGCAGCUGGAAGCUACUCCACAUCCACACCGUAUGAGCAGACACCCGCACACGGGCAACCCACGCCCCAGCGUCAUGAUUACCCUUACCACACGCCAGAACCCCCUUACCGAUAGUCCCACCCCCACACACUCCUUACACACUGCCUACGUGUGUGUGUGCAUGCAUGCAUAUUCCAUAAGGGACAGUUUAAAGAGGAAAAUUGGAGAGGACGGGAGGUCGUCAUUCAAAUUAGUUUUUUUUUAAUCGAGAACAGUUGCCCCUCAUCUCUAUCUUGGCUCAAUCGUCGCUAGUUGGCAAGGUGUUUAAGCAUGCAGGGAUGAUGGUGGCAGCCAAUCUCAGAAUAUUGUCACCAUUCAUAUUUCCUGUUAGACGUCGUAGAGGCACAGCUGGCUCGCUGAAUGUUAAAGCUUAAGUGUUGUCUUGGCAAAGCCGGAGUCAGAGGCCAUGGUUGGAGUUCCGCAGCGGCGCCGGUCCGCAGUCCUUAAUGUGCUCUACAUCAUUUUCUUCCUUUGCACACCGAAGCAUCAGAAAAUAACAAAGCACCGACGGAAGAUUCUAAUUAUUUCUUUCUCCCGUUAGUGGGCUACUCGGCAACAAACGGGUAUCCAGUAAAUGCCGUGCAGGUCGACACAAAUUAGAGCUUCCAGAAAAGAUCCUUUUGGUGGUUCACUAUCUUCUUGAGUCAGUAGUUGUUGUUUUGUUUGUUUGUUUGUUCUGUGGCGUUUAGCCGUUUGUAACUGAUGAUUGUGCCUAUGCAAGGGUUUGAGUAGAGUAUGUAACGGUUCUGACAGGAAGCCAGUUACCGUGACUUACCUGACACUGGUCCGGUACCCGGUACAAAUAAUACAUCUACAUAAAAAGACAAUACCUGCGUGGGUGAACCUGUUUUUCUUUUUUUACAGAACAAGUUGUAGAUGGUUCCAGGUAGCCUCGUGCAUGUGUUUGUUUUCCACAGUUUUAGAGCUAUCGAGCAUUUAAGUGCAACAAUAGUGGGAUAUGUUUGUGCCCCGCUGGUCCUGUCGGUCAUGGACUUCUCCUGAUGUGGCUCCGACCAAAACCAUUGGCCUCAGAUCACAGCACAGUCCUCUCGGUCCUGUAAAAGUGUUCUUAAGCGCCCCUGUUGAAUUCAGGGUGAGAAGACUGACUUUUGUAGUGAAUUCUAUCUACCUGUCCAGAUCGCUUUGACAUCGAUUCCCUUGUCUUUUUUUUCCGGAUUUGACAGUGUGCUAUUUAAACAUGUGCAAGGUUCGAUAGAUAUGACACCGCUUGCACAGCUUUGAUGAAAGAAGUGACGAUUCCGAACUUGUGUAUUUAAAUUCCCAUUUGUGAUUGGCUGUUACCAUGGUGGGAUUUCCCAAAAUAUUCCUUGCUUCUUCAAUACUUAGUCCGGACUUGGUGUGUGUUUCUCAAAGUCAACUGAGAGACAGAUGGGUCGUUUUGCCUCUGAAAUGUGGAAACACACUCUUGUGGGUACAUCACUCAAGAGUCCGGUAUUGCGGUGUUGUUUAUUGGAACAUUCUUUGAGAAAAACUCCCUACGUUUACUUUCAUCCUAUAAUUUGGGGAUGUACUCAGUUGAGUAGUUUCAAUUUGAUGCUAUUGUACAUUAGAGAAUUUAUAUGAGUGAGGAGAAACGUCAGCAGGUGACGAGGCCAAUGAUGUUAAUAGUUAAUGGAGCUUGACAGAUACUUCAAUUUCCUUUCUCUUUACUUUACUUUUCAGCUAUUUUUUUUUUUUUGUGCUUUUUUUUCCUUGCAUAAUCUGUCUCUUGGAGCUAGGAAUGUGGAGCUAGUUCUCACACCAGAACAUCUUUUCACUUUGAUACCCAUGUAAAUACUCGGACCCUCGUUUGAAUCCGAACCAACAUUUGGUUGAAAAUACUGACUGUUAAAAGUUGAAGUGAUUGUAUUUCAUUAGCAGUUGUUGACCUGAAGAAGUUGACGUUGAGUUGGCCUUUCCAUACCUGGAGGAAGAGGCCACCCAGUGUGCUUGUAGUGAGUGGUGUCCUCCAUUUCUCACUCUGAAGCUAAAGGUGGCUUUAAAGGGCACAUGGUGUGUCACUGAUGAGCAAAUUGGGGGGGCUUUCUGAUUGGACGGAUGUGUGGCGACAGCUUUGGUGUUGCAGGUCGUGCAAAGUUUGUUUUGGGGACAUAAAGGCUGCAGGUUUGUUUGUUUGUUUUUCUUCUCCCCUUUUCCCUGAGCAGCAGUGAGAGGGCUGAUGACCUUUCCCUUUCUCUCGUUUGAUCUCACCGAAGCGCACCUCAUUUUGGCUCACGGCUAGAAUUGUUAGCUUUCUUGGCGUUGGUGACACAGCUAGGCAGCCUGCGGUCUCCCCUCUUACACCUCGAGUCGCUCCAAGUGGAUUCAUAGCUUCUUUUUUUUAUUUCUCUUCACACUCUUGUACAGCUUGACCACAUGUGCAGCUGAUAUCAAUGCACACCUGACCUUACCUGAAUCUCGUCUCACUGUAGCUGCUCUCAUUGUACACAUUGCUCAUCUUGUCUCUUUCCGGGCGCCUGAACCCAUAGUGCUGUGUUAGGGCUCAGUGACACACCACGACUCUACAUUUCCACACUGUUCCACCUUCUCCAUGUGAACUGUUAGUUGCAUGCCUUGUUGUUGCUGCUGCUCCAGCCACCUUCUUCCUCUUGCUGAUUAUUGCAGCUAGAGUGGGAGGGAGCCAAACUGAGCCCUUGCCCUGGACGUACGCCACACGCAGCUGUAGAGUGGGAAGGGGAAAACAGCAGCGUUAGGCCUGAAACUGCUGUGGACGAUGGGGGGUCCCCCCACUAAGGAGUAUCUGUAAAAGGAUUUCAGAUUUCUGGAAAUGGAUCUCCCGUUUUUCUUUUGGUUUUGUAAGUGGAGAUUACCCUAUUCGCAUAUAUUCCUCCAAGCGUACUCUGCUCAUACAUUCCCACGCCCAACUUGACACGUACAAUCCCCUUGAGGACGUCCACGCCGCCUUUAGCCUAAAUCUGAAAGCUUUCGGCAGACAUGUUGUUAAAACAGCCUGAAGAGUACCAGCCAGCAGCCGGAUUUGGGACAUUUAGGUAGGAUGGGUUGUUUUUAGCUUUCGUAAAUGCGACCCCGUGGCCACUUUCGGGGUUAAGUGCCUUGCUGAAGAGCGCAUUGGUAGGCCCUCCAUUUCAGAGCUGAAUCACUUGCCUCAGGAUCGGUUGCUGAUUUGACACUCGACUUCGUUUUCUCCCCCCCCCCCAAAAAAGAUUUCUGAUGCCACAUUCAACCUGGAUGAAUGACAGUGAACACGAAUAUGACCAUGUUGUUUUAAUUUACAUUUUGUCUUUUGUUCUUUGAACUGUUUAAUUAUCAAUAAAUGAAUUUCAUCUGAACUCUUCUGUGUGUGUGUGAAUGUGUUUGAAUCGGCCGGCCUCAUCCUGUCAAAUGGAAAUGUCUGUUCUCCAAACAGUCCUCGGAGCUCAGCAUCAGAUCACGUUUUGAAACUCAUUUUCCUCCCAUAAACAUCAGUCU